AAAUAGGCCUGUAAGUUCAAUUCCCAAAGUAAUGAAAACUAUUGAGGCCUAGGCCAUAAAAAUUAACCGCCACAGGCCCGCAAUAAUAUUUCAGAUGAAAUUUUCGAUUGCGAUUCUAGUUCGCUGGUUUAUCGUCUUCUUCAGUUUGCUCUGCAGAGAACCCUAAAGCUUCAUCAACAAACUACCACUGCAUGGUUUUAGCCGAAAGCUUAAAUGGGUCGUAAGGAUUUAGAAUCUCCUCCUCGAGGUCGUGGGUCACCUCGUAGAAGGAGUUCUCCACGAAGAGAAAAGUCACCAACUCGCCACAGGAGUUCCCGAACUACAAACACAUCAGCAACUGAGAAGACAUCAGCUCGCAACAGAUCUCCAAAACGUGAUAGCUCUAGGUCAAGAUCGCCUGAACCUCGCUUGCCUUCGAGAGAAAAAGGUUCCAGCCGUAAGAAGUCUCCGCAGAUGAGUAACAAGUCUCCAAAACGAGCUAGGUCAAGGUCGCCAGAUGCUCGUUCACCUGCCCGAGAGAGACUUCCUAGCCGUAAGAAGUCCCCACAAAGAAGUACCAGGUCUCCUAAACGUGCUAGCUCUAGGUCAAGAUCGCCGGAACCUCGCUUGCCUGGGAGAGAAAAAGUUUCAAGCCAUAAGAAGUCUCCGCAGAUGAGUAACAAGUCUCCAAAACGAGCUAGGUCAAGGUCACCAGAUGCUCGUUCACCUGCCCGAGAAAGACUUCCUAGCCGUAAGAAGUCCCCACAAAGAAGUACCAGGUCUCCAAAACGAGCUAGGUCAAGGUCGCCUGGAGCUCCUUUACCUUCUACAGAGAAACCUUCCAUUCGAAAGAUGUCCCCUCAAAGGAGAAGAUCAGUAUCUCCUCCUUCUCCAGUCAGAGAAAGAUCCUCAAACCACAUUCCAUCACCAAAGCGAGAUAAUUCCAGGUCGCCUCAAAAUGGUUCACCUUCACCUAGGACAAAGAGGUUGAGGAGAGCUCAAGCUGAAAGAGAGGCUGAAAAGGCAAGUGAGAGGGACCAUGAGAAAAAUCAUAGCAGGCGAGGUGAUAAGGCUUCUCAUAGGGAAAUGGGCUCACAGAAAGAAGUGUUUGAUGAUAGAAGAGACCGACGGUCUAGGAGAGAUGGAGUUGAUAAUGGUUCCUCCAGAUCAAGACAUGAUCGCUCGCCCUCUCCAGAUCACCAUAGGAGUCGGAAUAGAUCCAGAUCUCCUCCUUCAGCUGAGAGAAGAUCACGCGAUGAGGUGACAAACUCAAGGGCUUCUAAUCAUCAGAAUGGAGAUGAUGAUUCAGUAGCGAAAAUGAAGGCUGCUGAAGAGGCUUUAGAAUCAAAAGAAAAGCAAAAACCAACGUUUGAGCUGUCUGGGAAGCUUGCUGCAGAGACUAACCGUGUCAAAGGUGUAACGCUGUUGUUCAACGAACCACCAGAUGCAAAAAAGCCUAAUAUAAGAUGGCGGCUGUAUGUGUUCAAGGGUGGCGAAGCGUUGAAUGAACCCCUUUAUGUACACCGUGAAAGCUGUUAUCUUUUUGGGAGGGAAAGAAGGGUUGCUGACAUACCUACAGACCAUCCAUCUUGCAGCAAACAGCAUGCCGUUCUUCAAUAUAGGCAAGUUGAAAAGGAAAAUUCUGAUGGUACUUUAUCUAAGACAGUGAGGCCUUACAUUAUGGAUCUUGGGAGCACCAAUGGAACCUUCAUAAAUGACGAUCGGAUUGAACCUCAGAGAUAUUAUGAGCUCAUGGAGAAAGACACAUUGAAAUUUGGUAACAGCAGCCGAGAAUAUGUACUGCUGCACGAGAAUUCAGCUGGAUGA